AUAAGUAUGGAAGGUUAAAUGUGACAAAUUUUAUUUAAAUAUGAACUUAGUCACGUGAUUGGAUUUAAAUGAGUUUGAGCAGAGUGAAUAAUCGAAAACUAUUUGUUAUCAGAAUACUUAUAUCGUAUCUAACUUCAGUACAAAAUUGUGGAAUUUGUAGAAUGAUUCAAUAGUUAUUGAAUAUAUACUGAAAAAGUGUUUUAUUUAAUAUCUCAUAAUUGACCGGGUUUUUGUGUGCUAAACGAGUGAAGCGGUAAAUUUAUAAUAACUAGUGGCAGAAAAUGGAUAUCGGAGAAUAUUCAGAUCAACAUACUACGAUAAGUUUUGAAGAUAUAACUUCAGCAGCCUAUAAAAUACGAAGUGGAAUAAAUUUAACUGAAUGUUCAAAAUCUCAUCUUUCGGACAUGACAGGAAUGGAUAUAUACCUCAAAAAGGAUUUUCUUCAAAAUACAGGAAGCUUCAAAGAAAGGGGAGCUAGGUAUGCUUUAUUGAUGUUAUCUAAAGAGAAAAGAGAGAAAGGCAUCAUUGCAGCUUCCCUUGGAAAUCAUGCGCAAGCUAUAAGUUACCAUGGAUUGCAGCUUAACAUCCCAGUUACAGUUGUUAUGCCCCGCAUAGCACCAAUAAUGAAAAUUCAAAAAUGCAGGGAAUUGAAAGCCAAUGUCAUAAUUGAGGGAAAUGACAUGGCUGAAGCAAGAAAAUUAGCAAUCGAAUUAGCAGAACAGGAAGGAUUGACAUACAUAAAUGGAUACGAUCAUCCUCAUAUAAUAGCUGGCCAAGGAACCAUAGCUUUGGAGAUUCUAGAACAAGUAGACCAGAUAGACGCUAUAGUAGUUCCUACUGGAGGUGGAGGACUAUUAGCCGGUGUUAUAGUGGCGAUAAAAGCCCUAAGUUCUAAAAUAAAAAUAAUUGGUGUGGAAUCCGAUCGAUGUGCAAGUUUUUCCAAGGCACUGGAGUGUGGUCAACCAAUUGAAACAAAAAUCGAAGGUACCUUGGCAGAUGGUUUGGCUGUUCCUAUGGUUGGUUAUAAUGCUUGGGCAUUAGCCAAAGACAAUGUUGAUAAAAUGGUGACAGUUCAGGAAGAAUGGAUAGCUGUUGCGAUCCUGAGAUUGGUUGAGAUGGAAAAAUGCAUUGUGGAAGGAGCGGGAGCUUGUGGACUUGCAGCAAUACUAGCUGGCCAACUAGACGAAUUUAAGGGAAAACGAGUUGUCUUGAUACUCAGUGGAGGCAAUAUUGAUACAACAAUUUUAGGACGAUGUUUGGAGAGGGGUCUUGCUGCUGAUGGUCGGUUAGUGAAAUUCAAAGCUACAGUCAGUGACAGACCUGGAGGAAUUUCUGAAUUGUGUAAACUUAUUGGAAACAUAGGAGUAUCAAUAAAAGAUGUAAUACAUGAGAGAGCUUGGGUAACUUCCGAUGUUUUCAGUGUUGAAGUGAAGGUUGUGUGUGAAACAAGAGACUAUGCUCAUAGCUUGGAAUUGAGAGAACUGAUAUUUGCUAAUUACAAGAAAGUUAAAUUUGAAGACCUACGUUGCAUUAAACAUAGAAAACCAGAUAUAACAUCACUUCUUGACGAAAACUGAGAUGAAAUUGAAUGAUUCCCCAUACUCAUCUGGUUAUUUUCUAUUAUUGAGUUUAGAAGUUAUUUCCAAUAAAAAACAUAUUCUACGAAUUGUGAGAUCUGUAGUGGGUUUUGAUGAAUUUAUUCCAUUAAUAUAAUUAAUUAUAUGUAUAAAAUUUGCACUCAUCAGUGAUCAUUACUGAGGAUGAUCUUAAGUUUUUGUUAAUUUUUAUAUCUUUUGUUGAAAUAUUUUAUUGGAAUUUGAUUUUGAUUUGUGGAGUUAUUUGAAUACCGGUUAUUGUAUUAUAUUUUGUUUAUUUAGAAGUCACGUACAGGCUCACGCCUCUGUGAUUAUACGUUUAUACCCUGUAGCUCACAGAAUAAACCAUAUUAUUUAUAA